AUGGCCGUGCACCAGGAAGUGGAGCGGAUCGACGGCUACAGCCCGACUCAGCGGGCUGUCGUCCGGGGCGAGAACUGGCCAGGGACGCUCGCGAAUGACGAAAAUCUGGAUCUAGUGGAGUGCACCAAUCAGAGCUACAUGGCGAACCCGCCGAGGAGCGCGCUCGUGUCGAAGAUCAUCGGCGACGGGAUCCUGAAGCAGCAGCAGGCCCAGGCCGCAGCCGCUCGCGACCAACGAGUUCAGAGGUUCGAGGAGAGUUUUUCGGGAGAGAAGGGUACUCCCUGGACACACGUGGAUGCGCUUGAUGGUCUCAACAUGGGCGAUGUGAUCAGCAUGGACAGGGAGGGUGCGCCCGCGCAGGAGGGCGCCUACGCGCGCGAGGCCACGGCGAGAGAACCAGACGAUGGUGAUCUGGAAGACCUACUGGGUGGAGGGCGAUUCGACGAUGACUCCACGGAGAUAGUCAAAAACGAGAACUGGAACGUUCACGGGAGGUCAACGCGGACCCUGGGGACACGUUGGACGGGCAAGAACUACUUGUUCCCGAAGAGCAAGGAAGUGGCAGAUGCGAAUGCCCCUUUGUCGGCCGAAAAGGCUCCGGGACAACGGAAAGAAACAUCCGCUGCAGAGCAGACACCGAUCGGAGAUCACGACAAUUCUGACCUGAUUGGGGAUGCGAAAAUCGAGCAGACCCCGUUCGCGAACGAUGACCGGACACGUCGUGAGAAGCAGGCUCGAGCACGACCGGCACGACCUCAUCGCGAAGACAGAGUAACUAGGAAACGGAUGGAGACGCCGUUCGGGCCCUCGCUGAAGGCGUUCGAACUGGAGGACGACAUCUCAAUCUCCGCCGGGACGGAGUUCAUCGAGGUGGUGCAGCUUUCACUGCACAUGAAGCCAAAUCCCGCGGACGUCUGGAAGACGAGGUGGGCGUUGACAUGGAAGAGGGACGAGGCGACAGGAAGCAGUUGCUUGUGGUUCCUGGACAUCAAGAUCCACGCCUCGGGCCAGGAGCGCGAUGGAGGCCCAGAGGCUCGAGAGGGACGACGCCGAGGCGGCCCCCAGCAAACGUGGCAUUGGCGGGGGAGCUCGGGCUACCCGUCGGGGCACUCGCGCGUCUACCAGAAGCAACGCACGGACUAUGUCACGCACGCGAGGCGCGAGGGCGCGAGCUGCAUCGUCGGCACGCGCGCGGGCGACUUCCUGAUCACAGGUGACGGCAGCCGUCGGUGGAUGGACGCGGAGAUGACAUGUCAGAAAGAGUUCAUCGACAACACCAACGAGAUCGACAGUUCCAGCGAUCGCCGAAAACAGCGCAACGAGAAGCUCACGGACCGCGAGAUGACACGAUUGAGACGAGCUUCGGGCGACAUCCAGUUGGUGGCGACACAGACGAUACUGCAGUGCCAAGCGCAGCGUUCCAUCUUACAGAGCAGUGGGCCAAAGGCGACCAUCCAGACGCUCUCCGGCAUCAAUAAGAUGAUUCGCCAGAUCAAGAUGGACCCGAGCUACAAGCUGAGCUUCGAGCCGUUCGAGGGCACAGCCGUGGUCAUGGGUUGGGGCGACGCAGCCUGGGCGAACCGUCCAGACGGCCUAUCUGCUCGCGGGUAUGUCAUCGGCAUCGCCGCGGAGGACAUCUUAGAGGGCAAACGGACAGGGUGCUGGGCCCUAGCCGACGACGAGGAGCAGCUCAGCGCCAAGAAGCGGAAGGAGAAAGGAGUGGCGCUGCUGGCCCCUGGGCCGAGGCACGCGGCCACCGCGCCCUGUCCGGCAGCCCCGGGCGAGGGCCGCGCCGCUGGAGAUGCCCGCGCCGCCUGGGCCCCGGCCCCGGCGCCGCCAGGGGCGACCGCGGCGACGGCCUGGUGGCGGCCACAGCUGGGAGCCCUCUUGGGCUGCGUUGUGGCGGCCGGCCUGGCGCUGGGCGCCGGCUUGGCGCCCGCGGCGGCGGAGAGCAGCAUGGCCUCGGUGGCGCCGUGCCUCUUUAAGAACUGCCAGGUGCAGCUCGCCAAGUGCGUGCUCAACCCCAACUGCGCGGCCAACCUCACGUGCAUCAUCGCGUGCUCCAACUCUCCCGAUGAGAAGACGGAGAAGACGUGCCAGAUCAAGUGCGGGGACAAUUUCGAGAACGACGUCGUCGGGGAGUUCAACGCCUGCGCGCUCAGCUCCAAGAAGUGCGUGCCGCAGCGGCCCGACACCGGCCCGAUGCCCGGCGAGGCGACCUGGGACCCCGUGAAGGGUCGUUACCCUCUGCCGCCUGAGGACGCUGUGGUGACCAAAUUCGACGCGUCACAGAUGACGGGCCGGUGGUAUAUCACCGCUGGCCUGAACCCAUUGUUCGACACCUUCGACUGCCAGGCGCACUUCUUCGAGGGCAGGAGGGCGGAGGCGAAUCAGCCGGGCAAGCUGGUGGGGAAGAUCAACUGGCGCAUUCAGGAGCCAGACGGCGAGUUCUUGACCAAGUCCACGGUGCAGCAGUUCGUUCAGGUCAAGCCCGGGGUGCUGGAGAAUCACGACAAUGAGUACCUGCACUACCAGGACGACUGGUUCAUCCUGGACUACGACAACAUGGACGACCCAGAGGCUGGCUGGGUGCUAGUCUAUUACCGCGGCCGCAACGACGCGUGGGCUGGGUACGGCGGAGGCACGCUCUACACCCGGUCGAAAACGAUUCCCCCACAGAUUUUGGACCGCGUGAAGGCCGCGUGCGACAAGAUACAGAUACCCUACGACGCUUUCUGGAAGGCGACGGACAACUCUUGCAAGUCGAACCCCGACCCGCUGCAGGCAAGGGCACGCUUCGCCAAGCAGCUCCUCGAACAGGGGGAGCUGUCCGUGGAGGAGCAGCUCACGUACCUCGCCCGUUCGGCGCAGUCCGAGAUAGACAAAGACGAGCGCUGGGCCUUCGAGAGCGCCCUGAGGAUCGAAAAGAUGACCGAGAACUUCGUCGCGUCGGAGGCCGAUCAGAUUCUGAAGAUAGAGCAGGCCGCAGAGCAGGAGAUCAUCAAAGACGAACAGGCGCUGGAGCAGGUUUUCAAGAAAUUCUUCUCGCCCCUCGCGAAGCUCAUGCCUGGUUCGUAG